AUGGUCAGCUUGUUGAAUCCGGCGCAGGUUUCUGCUCGACUGCGAGAGCACGAGGAAAGCUUCCUGAUUGAGCGCGGAAACGGCGUUGUGCGCUACGACAUUGCCCAGCUGCCCAGUAACAAUCCAAUUGAGGACGACCACUCGGAGCGGAUUGUGCAGGUUCCUCUGGUGACACCGGACGACCAACAGUACUCUACUGACUGGCUGUUUUGGGGUGUCUACGAUGGCCACGGCGGCUGGAGUACCAGUACCAAGCUGAGGGAGUCUUUGAUUGGAUACGUCACUCGUGAGCUCGACAAGAUUUACACUCCCGUGGCUCCCAACAGUCCUCGGCGGCUAGUGCCGUCUCCGGAAGCCAUUGACAAGGCGGUGGAGACAGCAUUUGUGAGCCUCGAUGAUGAAAUUGUCAACAAGACAAGGCGCCGUCGAAGCCAUCCCCCCGCGCUAAGUGGCUCGUGUGCCCUGCUGGCAUUUUACGAUACUGCUUCGAGAGAUCUGAGAGUUGCAGUUGCCGGUGAUUCCAGAGCUGUGUUAGGAACAAAGGAGCCUGAUGGUUCCUGGAAGGCCCGUGCGUUGACUACAGAUCAGACCGGGUCAAACGAGGAGGAGGCCCGCCGCAUCAAAAAGGAACAUCCUGGAGAGGAGGAGACAGCGGUGCGCAGAGGUCGUGUUUUAGGUAUCUAUGAGCCCACUCGUGCUUUCGGCGACGCUACGACGAAAUGGUCUCGGGAAAUCCAGCAUAGUCUGGCGCGUCAGUUCUUUGGCAGAACAAUCCCCCGUGAUUUACGCACUCCUCCCUAUAUGACCGCGCGGCCUGAAAUCACUCGCACUCGCUUGGAGAAGGACCAGCUUGCUUUCCUUGUUUUAGCCACCGAUGGCCUGUAUGAGAUGUUGUCCAAUGAGCAGGUGGUCAGUAUGGUUGUUGAGUGGAUCAAUCAAAAGCGCCCUGCGUCGCUUAGAACUAUGUUGAGCCAGACCGAACCGUCCGGAUCGAAGUGGAUUCCCAAAUGGGUUGGCGGCGGAAAGAACAAGCGCAGCGAGCAGAAGGUCGAGGAUGUGUCUGCCAACAAGGACGCCCAAAAGCAGCCGAUUCGCCGCCAGUCUUCCGUUCCCGUGCAAAUCAGUGUGCAAGACCAAAACGCCGCGACCCACCUCAUGCGCAAUGCCUUGGGUGGUGCGGACCAAGAGUCGGUCUCCAUGCUUGUUUCCAUUCCCUCGCCGCUCAGCCGCCGCUACCGUGACGACCUUACGGUCACGGUUGUGUUCUUUGGCGAUAAUGUCGAGGAUACAGGCAAGAUCCGUGUCAACAACGAAGCCACAUACGUACCUUCGAAGGCCAAGUUAUAA